AUGACUCGUGAUACAAUGGCAAAUGUUAAAGAAUCUCAUGUUAUCAUAUUAUUUAUCAGUUUUCUUGUGCUUUUAAUGUCUUUUCAGUGUGCAAAAAAUGAACACACUGAUGUGAGUCCCUUAGCAGAUUAUUCAAUAAAGGACUAUGAGAAAGCAGGUGCAAAAAAUGAAGGCGCAAAGAAUGAACAUACUGAUGUGAGUCCCUUAAGAGAUUAUGCAAUAAAGGACUGUAAGACAGCAGGUUGUGUUUUUGACGAUGUUGAUAUUCGAUAUUGUUGGUGUGGUAUUACCAGUAUUAACGAAUGUUGCACCCCAUAUAAAGAAGUUUGUGACCUGGCUGUUAAACAGGGAAAACUUCAUAAGAAGUGUAUAAAACCAGGCUCUUAAAAAGCGAAAUCUCAACCCCCUAUAUAAAAAGGAUUAAAACUUUGCGCUACAAUUAUAUAAUAAAUAAAAAUAUGUCUUUACUCUACAUUAUAGUUUGAUUAAUAACUUUAC